UCUGUGUUGUGUUUUUUCUUCUUCUCUGGAGGUGGGAGGGAGAGAUUGAACCCAAAGACCUGCCAGUGAAUUUGUGCAGAGCGGUGUGUGCACGUCAGUACACCGGGCAGAGGAACAGAGGAGGCAAGGCAGCAAGUGAAGACGAGGAGAACUCAAUGUUUUAUUUUUGAAGGAGGGACGUUGCGAAACUGGCUUGCAAUCUUUUCUGAGUCAUCGUUUGGAAAUAAAGCAUCCUUUUUUUUUUUUCACGCCACCUUCUCUUGCUCCCCCGUCACCUCCUUCCUUUACCGCUUGGCACCGGAGAGGAAAACACCGUCGGAUUUUGACACCACGUUUGGGCAGCUUUUUUGCAAAAUGCGACAUGCUUUCCUGUGAGAGGUAUGUUGUGCGCACCUCGCAGCCUGCUAACCCGUGAGCAGCAGCAGCAGCAGGACCACCACUGUGUUUGUUGUUGUUGACUUGCAACUCAGUCUGGCUGCCACUUUGGGAUUUUAUUUCGGAUUUUUGCACUCGGUGGCUGGUCUUUGCAGGGCUGACGCGCUGUCAACACGCACCGUGAGGGGGAGGGAAGGGAGGGGAAGGGACAGUCCUGUCACCCAACGUGGAUCCAGAGUCGGGGCUGUUUAGCAGCACUGCUAGCAGCCUGCCAGGGCACCGGGUGGGCAAAACUGAACUCCUGCUAAACCCCUCCACUGUAAAACUACAUGUGCCUGGCUCCCAAUGAUCUCCUAAUCACUGGGAGUGUGGACUUCUCUGCAUCCGAAGCUGACUGCUAUCAAGAUGGAGAGCGAAAAGAAGAGGAGGAAAUACUCCACGAGCAGCAACGACUCAGACACCACCGACAGUCAGAUGACGUCGUGGUCGAGGUCAUCCAAGAAUACGGUCACCAGCAGCACAUGGGUCCGCCUCCAGCACAAGAAACCAUCAGAGGUAUUUCGUACCGACUUCAUCACGGCCAUGAAGGUGCCGGACUCGGCCCAGCUCGGCCCGGGUGAUUUCUACGUGCUCUCGGACCCGUGGAGACAGGAGUGGGAGAAGGGGGUGCAGGUCCCUGCCAGCCUGGAGGCCAUCCCAGAGCCUGUUGUCAGGUUGCUGUCGAUUGAUUCGUCGGACGUUUUUUCAGACAACAUGCAGGAGAAGGGGAGCAUCACCCAGCCUCCCCCCACCCAGCGCUACAGCUGCUACGACCUGGACGACCUGGAUGUCUCCUGGCUGGAGCUGGUCAACAACGAGUUCAGACAGAUGGCAUUACCAGAGCUGGACGAGCUGACAAUGGAGUGUGUCCUGGUGGAGCUGGAGAGCAUCUGCGAGGAGAAGAUGCGGCAGGCCAUCGAGGCGGAGGAAGGCCUGGGCAUCGAGUAUGACGAGGACGUGGUGUGUGACGUCUGCCGCUCGCCAGAGGGAGAGGACGGCAACGAGAUGGUGUUCUGUGACAAGUGCAACGUCUGCGUCCAUCAGGCGUGUUAUGGCAUCCUGAAGGUGCCCCAGGGGAACUGGUUGUGUCGGACCUGCGCUCUGGGCGUUCAGCCCAAAUGUCUGCUCUGCCCCAAGAGGGGGGGGGCCCUCAAGCCCACCCGCAGUGGAACCAAGUGGGUCCACGUCAGCUGUGCCUUAUGGAUCCCUGAGGUGAGUAUAGGCUGUCCGGAGAAGAUGGAGCCCAUUACCAAGGUGUCCCAUAUCCCCGCCAGCCGCUGGGCUCUGUCCUGCAGCCUGUGUCGAGAACACACAGGGACCUGCAUACAGUGCUGCAUGCCCUCCUGUAUCGUGGCCUUCCAUGUGACGUGCGCCUUCGACCACGGCCUGGAGAUGAGGACGAUCCUGGCAGAAAACGACGAGGUUCGCUUCAAGUCCUUCUGCCUUGAGCACAGCUGCACCGCCAGCAACAGUUCAACCUCCAACAGCUUCUCCAGUCUGGCCAGUGUGAGCCUAGGAACCCACAGCACCAGUUCCUCCUUGAUCAACGGAGCAGUCGCAGCAGCCAGACCUGACUGGACCAACCCAGUUAUCAGUUCUGAGCUCCGGCCGGACCAUCAGCACCUACCAAACAUCGGCAGCGACCCGGAGCAGAGGUCAGUUUUGUAUCCGAUGUUUGCGUCAGAGCGAGCUGAGCGGGAACAGCUGGAGAGGGAGAAAGUGAGCAAGAGGAAACAGAAGCUGCAGGAGCUGGAGGAUGAGUUUUACCAACUGGUGGAGCCUGGGGAGGUGGCCGAAAACCUGGGGCUGCCCGUCCCCCAGGUGGACUUUUUAUAUCAGUUCUGGAAGAUGAAGAGGAAGUCAAACUUUAACCGACCUCUGAUGACCUUAAAGAGGGACGAGGUGGACAACCUGGCCCAACAGGAGCAGGACGUCCUCUACAGACGCCUCAAACUCUUCACACACCUCCGACAAGACCUGGAAAGG